GUCGGAUGCUCUUGGUCACGUAUUUACAAUGAUCGGUAAAGAUUGGACGCAUUCUGGUGUCGCAAAAUUGUAUUCAGAUAUCCAUAAAAAUGGAUAUCAAAUUUUAUACUUAACGAGUAGGGCUAUUGGCCAAGCGGAUUAUACCAGAGAUUAUUUAGAAAAAGUAAAACAAGAUAAAUAUCAAUUACCGGAGGGGCCGGUAAUUAUGUCACCUGAUCGUUUAUUAACAGCUUUUCACAGAGAAGUAAUAAUGCGUAAGCCCGAGGCCUUUAAAAUAGCAUGUUUACGUGAUGUGAGAAAGUUAUUUGGAGAUAGAAAUCCUUUCUUUGCUGGAUUCGGCAAUAGGAUAACCGAUGCUUUAUCUUAUCGAAGUGUAAAUAUUCCGUCUUCGAAAAUAUUCACGAUAGAUACAAAUGGAGAAGUAAAAUUAGAAUUAUUGGCAGGAUAUAAGUCAUCUUACGUUGAUUUGAGCGAUUUGGUUGAUCAAAUUUUCCCUCAUAUUGAUAGCAAAUGGGAUACAAUUUACAAUGAUUGGAAUUAUUGGAAAUCAGAUUUACCAGAAAUUGAACUGCCUCCAGAAAUAUAUGAAAUAUCGACAUUAUCACCACAAAAAAGUCAACCUAGUUCACCGAGGCUAGGUAGUAACGAUCUACGGCCAACACACUUACAUUCUGCUCCUGGAAUGCUUGAAACUUCUGCCUCAAUAUCCACAAAAUUCUCUGAUAGUGAUUUUGAAGAUCAAUAUGGAGAGGAGGAUGACAGCGAUUUCGAAGCAGAUGUACCCGCAGAAAUUGAUUUAAGAGAAUAUCCAUAUUGA